AUGGUAUUGAAAGUGAAAUUUAAAAGUCAUUCUCUUGGCAACUUCAUAACAAUGAAGACGAAUUUUAUUAUUCUUUUGUGUGCUAUUUUAUCAGUGGGAAAUUCGUACAAAAUUCUGGGAAUAUUUCCAUUUGGUAGCAAGUCGCAUUAUGGAACAGGUGAGGGAGUUUUGAAAGCAUUGAAUGAUGCCGGUCACGAGGUUACAAUGAUCAGCGUUUUUGAGUUGGAAAAACCAAGGGAUAAAUAUCAUCAGAUUAAGAUUAGUGAUUUCAUGGAAGAAAUGCAAAUAGGUCGAGAUGCGAAUCCCUUUGAAUUUGCUAACAUGAAUGCGCUUGCAAUAGAAAUGAUGCUUUAUGAAAUGGGAGCACUACAAGCUGAACAUGUUUUUAAAUCAAAACUUGUUCAAGAACUUUUAAAUUCAAACCAAAAGUUCGAUGCAGUCAUUGUGGAAAUUUUUGCAAUUGAUUCUCUCAUGGGUUUUGGUCAACAUUUUAAUUGUCCAGUGAUUGGCGUUAACACAUUUGAUGGAGUUUAUUGGAAUGAUGUGUUUACUGGAAAUCAAUCGCCUUUCUCAUACGUACCUUUGACAUUCCUUGGACUUCCUGACAAUAUGACAUUCCAGCAAAGGUUAUCGAACACUGUUUACUCAAGUAUGUCGAUAUUGUUUAUGAAUUCACAUUUGAGUUCAUCUUCAUCACGACCAUACCUUCCAAAUAUGAUUCAAAUCAAUGGAAUUCAUCUUCAACCGUCAAAGCCUUUGCCCGAUGAUAUUCAAAAGUUUUUGGAUUCAGCCACUGAAGGUGCAAUCAUCUUCACAAUGGGUUCAAUGGUUCGAAGUGUUGAUUGGACAAUUCAACAACGCGAAGCUUUUGUCAACACUUUCGCUAAGAUAAACCAGAAAGUAUUGUGGAAAUAUGAGAAUGAAACGUUGCCUGGUAAUCCAGGCAAUAUAAGGAUUAGUUCGUGGUUACCACAGCGAGAUGCUCUCGCUCAUCCAAACGUGAAAGUUUUUAUUACUCAUGGUGGUAACUUGGGAACGACUGAAGCACUGUCAGAAGGCGUGCCACUUCUUGGAAUUCCACUCUUUGGUGAUCAGAUGGUAAAUCUGAACCGCGCUAUAGCUAAAGGAUAUGCUUUGGGAUUAAAUAUUAAAAACAUUACAGAAGAAAACUUUUCAAGAAGCUUGAACAAGCUUUUAAAAGACAAGAGUUUUUCUGAAAACGCUAAAAAACUUUCAAACAUCUUUCACGACCGCCCUUUAAACUCAAAAGAGACUGUUGUCUAUUACACUGAAUACGCUAUUCGUCAUAACGGUGCUGAGCAUCUGAGAAUCUCAGCACUUCAACUGAAUUACCUUGCAUUUCAUCUUAUUGAUGUUUAUGCAACAUUAUUUGCCGGAGGAACAACAACAAUGGGAAGUGCUUUAAAGCUUUAUUUUGAUUUAAUGUCCCCAACUGCUCGUCCUUUGUGGAUUUUAUUUGAACAUGCUGGUGUAAAUUGUGAGAUGAUUCCAAUUGCGCUUAGAAAAGGCGAACAUUUCACAGAUGAAUAUUGUGAGAAUGUUAAUAGGUUUGGUAAAGUGCCUGCCAUCAUCGACAAUGGUUUCAAAUUGUCCGAGAGUAUCGCAAUUUUCCAUUAUUUAGGACGAAAAGAAAUUCUUCCUGAACGAUGGUAUCCAAAGAAUUUAAAAGAAAUAACUCGUGUAGAUGAAUAUUUACAAUGGAAUCAUAAUAAUUUAAUCUUCGGAGCGGGGGGAUUGUUCAGGAUGCAAUGGGUGGAACCUCUUCUGACAGGCAAUAAACCCAGUUCGGAAGCAAUAAAAAAACAGGAAAAGUUUUUGAAGGGAAAUCUUGAUGACCUUGAAAACCUUUGGCUUAAAGACACGGAAUUUUUGAAUGGAAAUCAAAUAUCUUUUGCUGAUCUGCUCGCUGCUUGCUUGAUAGAGCAAGUCAUUGGAUUAAAGAUGUACAAGUUAGAUGAACAAACACAUAAAAACGUGAUUAAUUGGUUGGAUAAAGUAAAAACCUUUUUCGGCCCGACGUUUAAAGAAGGACACAAGUUUUUGUAUAUUUAUGGUGAAAAGUAUGGGAAGUUAGUUUUAAGAAAGAUGAGUGCAUCAGUUGAUCAUAGUGAUGAGGAAGGUCUUGUUAGAUCUCCAGAUAUCAUGGAUAAUCCAAGCGAUGAUAACUCACUUGAUAUUAAACCACCGCAGGCAAAAGCUGAACAUCGUUACAAAGAUAAGAAAAAACAUAAGAAACAUUCACAUGAGCGGAAAUACAAAGAGAAACAUCGCGAAUAUGUACGCGGUGAGGAAAGUUCCGGUCGACGACAUGAUUACCGUGAAAAAUACGACGAUCGUGGUUUUCAUAAGAAUAAAGAUUAUUAUAAGCUUCAAAGAGAUUCACGAAUUGACUAUAGAGGAGAGUCUUCUAAAAAAGAUGAACGAAAGUCAUCAACAGAAGAAUUGAACCGACUUGACAGUGACAUGAAAAUGGAAGAAGACUUAAGGAAUCGUUUACUAUCCCGUCGAAGUCAAAAUGAUCCAAGAGGAGUCCGCAAAGAUGACUUUUAUAAACAGAAAAGCAAGCAUCGAAGUGAUUAUUACACAAAAGAACGUCCUGAAGUAUAUUCCGAUGAAUAUGAUCAAAGUCGGAACUCAAAGAAACAUCGCAAUUAUCAACCAAUUGAUGCUGACGCAGAAGCUCGUAAAAAGAAAUUUCUUGAAGUUGAAAGGGAUGAAUUGAGAAGGAAGGAGAAAGCAAAGUUUGAAUUGGAAGCGAGAAGAGAACAACAUCGCCAAAAGGAAGUAAGUUUGUCUCCAGAACGAAAAAAGAAACGUUACAAGUCACCAGACACAGCUGUACAAUCAAACGACGACGUUGUCAUGUUGUCAUCAGAACAAUCACAUGAAGAAGGAGAAGAGGAAGAGGAAAUAGAUUCAGAUUCUGACAGUAACUCAAGUGAAGGUUCAGCAAAGUCGAAGGAAUCUGAAGAAUUCGAAAUCAGCCCAAUUCCAGUUGAACAAUUGGAGAAAUCCGAUCGAAGAAGUCGUUUCAGUCGUUCGAAGAGCAAAACACGAUCUUUGACGAAAAGUCGAUCAGAAUCGCAUUCGAUCAGCUCAAUAUCAAGUAGAAGCAGCUCACAUUCGACACAUUCUCGAUCUGAUUCUGAAUCGGAAAGUGAACAAAGCAAUGACGAAAAAAAAUCUUCAAAAGCUGAAGAGACAAAAGACGAUGAGGAGGAAAAGAAUGAGAAAAAUCUUGACAAUGUUAAAGAAGGUGAAGAAGGAGAAGCAGAAGUCAAGGAAGAAGAAAAGGAAGAAUUGCCAGCAUAUUUUCCAGCUCUUCAAGGAUGUCGAUCAGUUGAAGAAUUUCAAUGUCUCAAUCGAAUCGAAGAAGGAACUUAUGGCGUUGUUUAUCGUGCAAAAGACAAAAGAACCGACGAAGUUGUCGCUUUAAAACGAUUGAAAAUGGAGAAAGAGAAAGAAGGCUUUCCAAUCACUUCACUUCGUGAAAUCAACACGUUAUUGAAAGGUCAACAUCCAAAUAUUGUGACAGUCCGUGAAAUUGUUGUUGGCAGUAACAUGGAUAAGAUUUUCAUUGUCAUGGAUUACGUUGAGCAUGAUUUAAAGUCAUUAAUUGAAACCAUGAAGCAUAAGAAGCAAGUUUUCCUGCCUGGUGAAGUGAAAUGUCUGAUUCAACAGUUGAUCAAAGCUGUCGCUCAUUUACAUGACAAUUGGAUUCUUCAUCGUGACUUGAAGACUUCAAAUUUGUUGUUAAGUCACAAAGGAAUCUUGAAAGUUGGAGAUUUCGGCUUGGCACGUGAAUAUGGCUCGCCGUUGAAGGAAUAUACGUCGAUUGUCGUCACACUUUGGUAUCGCGCACCUGAACUACUCCUUGGAGUUAAAGAAUAUUCAACUCCGAUUGAUGUUUGGUCAGUUGGUUGCAUAUUUGCAGAACUUCUAGCAAUGACAGCACUUUUUCCUGGAAAAUCAGAAGUCGAUCAACUUAAUAGGAUUUUUAAAGACUUGGGAACGCCAAAUGAGAGAAUUUGGCCGGGAUAUGAUCUUCUGCCGUUAGUGAAGAAAAUGACAUUCUCUGAUUAUCCCGUUUCGCAACUACGAAAGAAGUUUGCGACAUUAACAAGCGAACUUGGAUUGUCACUUCUCCAAGGCUUAUUAACUUACGAUCCGAAGCAAAGAUUAACAGCGGAAACUGCUUUGAAACACAAUUAUUUCAAGGAAAUGCCGCUGCCAAUCGACCCAGCAAUGUUUCCAACGUGGCCAGCUAAAAGCGAAGUUGGUUGGAAGCGAGCGAUGGCAACAUCACCGAAACCACCAUCAGGCGGAAUGCAGUACAAGAAACUGGGCGUUGAUGAUGAAAAUUCUGGCUUCUCGUUAUCAGCAACUUACGCUUCAUAUUCUGAAAGCCGAAAGAUGCAAAUGGGCUCAGGAUUCAGCUUAAAAUUUUAAUUUCAAUAAAAUGAAAACAUGAGAAGAUGAAAUAAAUUUAAUUUUAAUGAAA